AUGACCCGGCCAACAGCGGUGUACGCGAACGUAGGCAGUCCGGACGAUCUCCCGCGAAGCGUGGCCAUAUGUCCAAACCGGAAGUGUGUUGCAUUUGGUUGUCAGAUGGGUAUCGAGUUGUAUUGGGUUGAUGCAGUCACUGGUGGUAAUCUAAAUCGAUGGUUUCCACUCGCAGCUCCCAGCGACUUUCUGUACUUUCUGCCACAACGGCCGGGCGUUGAUUCGAGAAACAAACUCCGCUUGAUCUCAAGUGCUGCAGGUCCAGUUGUUACGCAAUUGCUCAGACACGAUAGCACGCCUACUACUGGGAAAUUCUUUCCCGCCUCGGUAGCUCAGGGACGUCGACCGAGCUUGACUCGUUUAUUCUUUGGCCAUCUACCCUUCCCAACCGAUGCAAGUCCUCAGUCAGAUCGGCUCGCCUCUCCGUUACUUGAGCAUAAGGAAGAACUGCAAGGCAUCUUGCGGGCAGUCGAUUGUGACCACUUUCGGGGUGUGCCAGUAAGCGAUGGCUCUCAUGUACUCUUCACAGAUCCUCUCAAUGGACUGUUGUGUUUGGGCAGUGAUUCACCACUUGGAGGGCCAACGAAGCUCGUAAGGAAAGUCAUAUUCGUCCCUCCACCACAUCCAGACGGCAAAUAUGGGUCACCAUUGCGAUACGCGGCCGGACACGCGCUUGACUGGGGAUUGCGUCUUGUCGCGACCUAUGACGAUGGCCAAAUCGUACUUUACAACGUCCCGUCCGACAUCCUCAGGGCCAUGCAGAAGUUGUCCAGCGUGACAGACAUGUGGAGCGAGACCGCCGGAGUCUUCGGGCAGAGUGACCGGUUGAUGGACACCCAGAUGACCAGCCAUCCAAAGAGCACAACUGAACCCAACAACGAUAAUGAAGCGGCCUCCAGUUCUUCCCCGCCCAGGGAAACUCCCUUAAAGGUCAACGGUGCCGUAAUUGCAAAGGUUGAAGAUGACUCGGUAGAGGACAUUGCUGUUCAGACUGAGGGUGGGGGGCUUUCAGUCUGGCUCUUCUACAAAAGUGGACGAGCGGUGCUGCACAGCAUUUACACGCCUCGGAUCUGUCACAAGAGGAUGAGAUACAUCGCGGAAAACGGCCUUGUUCAUAACGUUCAACAACAUGGUGGAUCGGACGAUGACGAGUCAAAUGAGCACGGGGAGGGAAGGGGCAAGGACAAGGACAAGGACAAGGAGCUCUUGACACGACCCGGACAUGUGACUUGGGCAGUUACAGAUGGCGCUUCCAUUUAG